AUUCAUUUUCCCUGAUUCAGCAGAUGCGUGGGCCUUGGCAAGGACUAUUUAUUGCAACACUUGGUGGGGUAACAACCAGGAAAGCAUCAAUACAAAUCGGACACAUGUCUGUGACAUUUAACCGAAACUUAGGGGUGGUUACAGGAGAUGGGUGGGAAUUAAUGGAAUCGAAAUCAAAUCACGGAGGGAGAUUUUCUAAACCAGCAUGGUGGAUUGGAGGUGUUGCAGUGUGUUUAGGAUUGCUCUAUCUUCUCCUGCUAGUUGUUAUCAUAGCCAUGGUGGGCCAAUACAUCAGACCGAGCCCUCUGACAGACGCUGAACAUCCGCCCACCGCACUCACCACCUGUCAAAAUGUGACUUCACAAUAUUUCCAGUUGCAAGGCAGAUACAACACCUUGUCAGAAAGCAAUAAGCAAUUAGAGACUAAGAUCUGCUCUCUGACCAAAGAGAAGGGCACGGUCGAGGGGGAACGAGAUCGCCUUCAAAAUCAGCGAGACGCCCUUCAGAACCAACGAGACGUGCUAGAAAGCGAGCGAAACGCCCUCCACGAUGAACGCGACGGCCUCAAAAUUGAACGAGGUACUAUCAGGACUGAGCUGGACACACUUCAUAAUGAGCAGGAGGUCCUCACAAAUGAGCGAGACACCUUCAAAGUUGAGCAUGACGUCCUCAAAAUCGAAGAAGAAAAGCUCAAGCAUGAGGUGGACACCCUAAAGAAUGAUAAAGAGACACUUGAACAGGAACGAGACACCCUUCAAAUUGAGCAUGAAGUUCUCAAAAGUGAGCGUGAUACUCUCAAGAUAGAUAAAAGCUCUCUCCACAAGGAGCAAGAGGUUCUCAAAAAUGAGCGAGACAACCUCAAGAAUGAGAAAGACAUCCUCCAAAAAGAACAAGAAGCUCUCAAACGUGAGAGAGAUGGCCUCAAACAUGAGAAAGUUACCCUUCAAACAGAGCGAGAUGGCCUCAGGGCAGAGCGGGACAACCUCACAGUUGAGCGGGACCAACUGAAAUCAGUGUCCAGCAACCUGACCAACGAGCUGGAGGUGCUGCAGAGCCGAUUCAGCAAAGUAGUUGCAAGUCGAGACGGCUUUAAGGAGGAGGCUCAUGCGUUGAAUAAAGACAGAACAGAAAAACUGUGCCCAACAAAUUGGGUUAAAUUCAAGGAGAAAUGCUAUUUCAUCUCGGACAAAGGCGACAGCAAUUCAUGGAGAUCGAGCAGAAGAAAGUGUCAAGACCGAGGAGGUGACCUGGUCAUUGUCACCUCAAAAGAAGAGCAGGAUUUUAUUGUUACAUAUUAUGAUCGAGUGUGGAUCGGUCUGUCUGACUUGGCGCAUGAGGGCAAGUGGAAGUGGGUGAAUGGAGACGAACUGAACUUUGAUGGAUUUUGGCAGAAAGGGGAGCCGAAUGAUGAUUCCAGUUCCGAGGACUGUGUGGAGUUGUCACGUUCAGGGCAGGGAUGGAACGACUUACCCUGCAGCACUGAACUCGCUUGGAUUUGUGAGGAUGAAUGACUUUAACGUACAAUCCAUUUUUUCAGUUACAUUUUAACAUGCUUACCUGUCAUACGAGUGUAGAACAAAGUCAACCACUGUGCUAAUAAAGAAAAACAAAAUACAAA